AUGUCAACAGAAGCGGUUACGGAACGCGUCAGUACGCCGUCCAGCAUACCACCUUGCAGUACACCGGGCCCGGUGACGUCGACGCCAAGCCUCGUGACGACAGCGACGGCGACGCCGACCGCGGCGGUCACCGUCACGGCCGUCACGACGGUCGCCAGUGCGCCGAGCGGUGCGUGCGCGGUGUGCGGAGCGCCGAACGCGACCCGAACCGUUUCAAGAGCGCGCGCGGCACAUUAUGGACUACAAGAGGAGGCAGCAGGUGCGCGCGUAUGCGAGCCGUGCCACUGCCGCUGCGUGCGGUCGCGCUACACGCGCUGCCCCGUGCCCACGUGCCCGGGCCCGCGCGUGCGCGCCAAGCGCCUGCGCCACCUGCCGCCGCGCUGGCACGACCUCAGCCCCGCGCUCAAGCGGCCAUUGUUGGAGGAGCUACAAAUACCAAGCGAGCUCAGCAAAUGCUGCCUGGCGUGUUUCAAGCGGAUCACCCGGCGGUUAGAAUCUGCGGGCGAAAGCGCAGAGCCUUCCGAGGAGGAGGUGUCCCGCUUCCGAGCGCUCCUGAGGGAACACGGGACCGCUUGGGAGCGCGCCGGAGCGGCCGCCGGGAGGUCGCCGGCAGCGCUGAAGGCCUUCUACUUCACCUACAGAAAAAAGUACCAACUCGAGACAUGCCUAGCGGGGGCCGCAGCGGAACGCCUCUCAACCGCUCGGAGUUCCUCCGACGAGACCGGUGGCAGUUCCGCCGACUCGGAGGGCGCGGGCCCCGGCGGCGCCCCGCCCGCGCCCGCGCCGCCGCUGCCGGGGCCCCGGACGGACGCCGCCGCGCCCCGGAGGCCGAGGAGGGACGAGUACGACUCGUCGGCGACGGAAACCGCUGAUGAGGAGAAUGACGCGCCUAGUGCUAAGAUCCUCCCUCCCACAUCUCUCCCCCCAGUAUCGUCGGCGCCCCCUUCCACGCCUUGCAGCGUGGCCCCCGCCGCCACGGGGCCCACGGGGCCCGCGGGGCCCAACGGGGGCGCCGGGGCGCUGCGCAACGGGCCCCACGCCGCGCCGCUCACGGUGCGAGACGUGGUGCUGAAUAUGAUCGAGAUUAGCUUGACGAAGAACAAGCAACCGGCGCCCGCGCAGAAACCUAACCAGUUGAAAGUAAGCUCAACGACCGGCGGUCGGGAAACAUUAGCUACCCUCAGCGUAGUGAACAGUUCUCACCAGCGCACGUCACCGCGGUCACCUCACAGACCUGCCACCAUCACGCCGCUGGCACAGCCGCAGCAGUCGCAGCAGCAGCAGCAGCCGCAGCAACAGCAGCAGCAGCAGCAGCAACAGCAGCAGAAGGACGGAGUGGUGGUGCUACACAUAGAGCCGCGAGCGGAGCCGCUGUUAGAUUUAAGCGUCAAGCGGCCACGACACGAAUUAGCCUUUCCACAUCCCAAUAAGCCUCCGUACCGCAACUCAAAUGAGUACCAACCCGCGUACCGCCAAGCGGAGCGGGAAUCGCCCGCGCCAUACAACAGCUCGGCCAAGGGCUCUCCCGCGCCCGCGCGGCCCGCGGCCAAGACCGCCGCCAACCCCAAGGUACUACUAUACCAACACUUGUAG